UUUUUUUUUUUUUCUUAUAUUUCAUAUAAACAAGGAUGUUCGCUUUAAAGACAGCAGCAAACAAGGUUGCUUUACCUGCUACUCGUAUUGCUUCUCGUAGAUGUGUUUCUUCUUGCGCCACUAAGACUGCCUUCUUAUCUACUCGUAUGGCCCUUAGUGCUGGUAACAAGUUUGUAAGUAUACGCUCUUCCCCCCCCCUUCUUUUUCAUUAUAGCUUAAAUAUAGAUAAUAUAAAUAUAUAUAUUAUUUACUUAUCAAAAAAACACACACACAUGAUAGACUGCCAAUCUUCUUAAAGAAGCUUACGUUUCUGCUGCUCCUUCUCGUUUGAUGUUUUUUGGUCGUCGCCAUAUGGCUACUGAUGCAGGAGGUAAAUUUUUACGUGGUAAGCCACACGUCAAUAUUGGUACAAUUGGCCACGUCGAUCAUGGUAAAACUACUUUGACCGCAGCUAUUACCAAGACUUUAGCCGCUAAAGGUGGUGCUCAAUUUAUGGAUUACAAUCAAAUUGAUAGGGCCCCUGAGGAAAAGGCUCGUGGUAUUACUAUUUCCACAGCUCACGUUGAAUACGAAACACCUAACCGUCACUAUGCUCAUGUCGAUUGUCCUGGUCACGCAGAUUAUAUUAAGAACAUGAUUACUGGUGCUGCUCAGAUGGAUGGUGCUAUCAUUGUAGUCUCUGCAACAGAUGGUCAAAUGCCUCAAACUCGUGAACAUUUAUUAUUAGCUCGUCAAGUCGGUGUUCAAAACUUGGUUGUCUUUGUCAAUAAAGUAGAUCAGAUUGAUGAUCCUGAAAUGCUUGAACUCGUUGAAAUGGAAAUGCGUGAUCUUCUUUCUGAAUACGGAUUUGAUGGUGAAAAUACACCUAUUAUCAAGGGUUCUGCUCUUGCCGCUCUUGAAGGACGUGAUCCUGAAAUUGGCGAAAAGGCUAUCGAAGAAUUAAUGGAAGCUGUUGAUUCAUACAUUCCUACCCCAGUUCGUGAUUUAGACAAACCUUUCUUGAUGCCCAUUGAAGAUGUGUUUUCUAUCUCAGGUCGUGGUACGGUUGCUACGGGUCGUGUUGAACGUGGUACUGUCAAUAAGGGUCAAGAAGUAGAAAUUGUGGGUAUGGGACCUACGAUCAAGACCACUUUGACAGGUAUUGAAAUGUUCCGUAAAGAAUUAGAUCGUGGUGAAGCUGGUGAUAACAUGGGUGCUCUUUUGCGUGGUAUUAAACGAGAACAAAUUCGUCGUGGUCAAGUUAUGUGUGCCCCUGGUACAGUCAAGUCUCAUAAGAAAUUCCUUGCACAAAUCUAUAUUUUGACAAAGGAAGAAGGAGGUCGUCAUACUCCAUUUAUUAAUAACUAUCGUCCUCAAAUGUUUGUUCGUACCACAGAUGUUACCGUCAGUCUCACACAUCCUGAAGGCACUGAAAAUCCUGAUGAAAAGCUCAUUAUGCCUGGUGAUAACGUAGAAAUGCAAUGUGAACUUAUUCAUGAUGUUGCUCUUGAAGAUGGUCAACGUUUCACCAUUCGUGAAGGUGGUAAGACUGUAGGUACUGGUGUUGUUACUAAGAUUAUUGAGUAAAGGGAAAGGAUGAAAAUUUAGGGUUUUUUUGAUUUUUUUUAUCUCUUUUACCUUACUUCUUUGCUCUCUCUCUCUCUCUCUCUCUCUCCCUCACUCUUUUUCUUUGUAUAUCUUGAAUUUUUAUUUUAUUUUGUUUUAUUUUUUUUUUUAUUUCAG